ACUGUGCAAAACCGUGCACGGCCGAGCUGCUAGCUGGAGCUGAGACAGAGGCCGGGACCUGACAGUAAUCUAAAACUCUUACGUGCUUACGCCGCGUAAGUAAUGACUGAAAAAGGUCCUUGCCUUUUCUCUCUUUCUUUUUCGCUAAAUCUCGUUCGUUUCCCGGGAAAACCAGAAGAAGAGAUUGCGGCCAGAGAGUUCGAUGAAUCGCAUGCGAGAUUGUACGGCAAUGUGCUUAUCUAUUGUUGUUUUGCUUUACUCGCUGCUAGCUUUGGUCUCAGCUCAAGGAAUGGCCACUACUCGUCCCUGGAAAACACUUAGCGGAAAUUCUCCUGUAGUGAUAGCACGCGGUGGGUUUUCAGGACUGUUUCCGGAUUCUAGUAAUGCAGCUUAUAAUCUGGCGCUGUUGACUAGUGUGCCAGAUGUUAUCCUAUGGUGUGACGUGCAAUUAACAAAAGAUGCAGCUGGAAUUUGCUUCCCUGAUCUAAAGCUGAAUAAUGCUUCUGAUAUUUCAGGCAUUUUUAAGAAUCAGCAGAAGACUUACAAUGUCAAUGGGGUCUCCACCCAAGGAUGGUUUUCUGUGGAUUUUACCCUUGAGGACCUCUCUAAUGUUACCUUAACUCAAGGAGUCUUCUCACGCACUGAUAAGUUUGAUGGCAAUCUAUUCCAAAUUAUGACUGUUAAGGAUGUGUUUAGCCAAUUCAAACCAACAGGUUUUUGGUUAAAUAUUCAACAUGAUGCAUUCUACGCGCAGCACAAUUUGAGCAUGAGAAGCUUUGUACUUUCUGUUUCUAAAAGUGUAAUUGUUAACUACAUCUCAUCCCCAGAAUUGAGUCUCUUGAGGGGCCUUGCAUCACACAUCAAUAGAAUGACAAAACUCAUCUUCCGGUUUCUUGGGCAAAACGAGAUUGAGCCUUCAACCAAUCAGACCUACAUAUCUCUUCUGAAGAACCUCACUUUUAUCAAGACAUUUGCCUCAGGAAUCCUUGUUCCAAAGUCGUAUAUAUUGCCCGUGGAUGCAAGUUCUUACCUGUUAGGUCCUACGUCCCUUGUCCAAGAUGCUCAUAAAGAAGGGUUAGAAGUUUUUGCUUCGGGUUUUGCUAAUGAUGUUCCAUUUAGCUACAACUACAGCUAUGAUCCAGUUACAGAGUCAUUGUCUUUCAUUGACAAUGGAGAAUUCUCUGUUGACGGUCUGUUGUCUGAUUUCCCUAUAUCUCAAUCUGCGGCCAUUGGUUGCUUUUCUCAUCUGGAGAAAAAUGCAUCAAAACAAGUGGAUCUGUUGGUUAUUUCCAAAAAUGGAGCAAGUGGAGACUACCCUGGCUGUACGGACUUGGCAUACCACAAAGCUGUCACAGACGGUGUCGAUAUUCUUGAUUGUUCAGUUCAGAUGUCCAAGGAUGGGAUUCCAUUUUGCUUAAGCUCCAUAAAUCUCAUGGAUAGCACAACAGUUGCCGAAUCCAGUUUCAGUAAUCUCAUGCAAACUAUUCCAGAAAUUAAGUCAGGCAGUGGAAUAUAUACCUUUAGCCUGAUGUGGUCUGAUAUCCAGAAGUUAAAGCCAAUGAUAUCAAACCCACAUUCAAAGUUCAAUUUGUACAGAAACCCGAAGAACAUAAAUGCUGGAAGGUUUCUGACACUGUCUGAUUUUUUAGCUUUGACAAACAGCAGUAACUCUCUUUCUGGCAUCCUACUCAGCAUAGAGCAUGCAGUCUACCUUUCAGAGAAGGGACUGGGAGUGAUUGAGGCAGUACUUGAUGCCUUGAGAGAAGCUGGUUAUUCUCAGACACCAAAGAAAGUUAUGAUCCAGUCGAUAGAUAGUUCUGUCCUAAAGGAAUUUAAGGAGAAAAGCAAGUAUCAUCUAGUUUAUCAAGUUGAUGAAACUAUUUGUGAUGCUCUUGACUCGACUAUCAAAAAUAUCAAGAAGUUUGCUGAUUCUGUUGUCAUAGACAAAAAGUCCGUCUUUCCUCAAAAUUCAUUAUUCGUUGCUGGUCAAACAAAAGUUGUAGAAAGGUUGAAGUCAUUUAAUCUCUCUGUCUAUGUACAACUCUUCAGCAACGAGUUUAUUUCUCAAGCAUGGGACUUCUUCUCAGACGCGACAGUGGAGAUCAACUCAUAUGUUAUGGGAGCUGGCAUAAGUGGUGUCAUCACUGAUUUUCCCAAAACAUCUGCUAGAUAUCUAACAAAUAAAUGUUUGAAUCUGGGCAACAACACACCUCCUUGUAUGGACCCUGUUCAGCCAGGCGGCCUCAUACAACUUGUGCCUUUGAAUUACUUACCACCAGCAGAGGCUCCAGCUGCAAUACUGACAGAUGCUGACAUUGCGGAGUCACCAUUUCCCCCUGUUGCAAAAGUAAAUGGGACUACGGCGCCGCCUCCAAAACAGCCAAAUACACAGCCCAGAGUUGCAGUUGGCAUCUUACUCUCCAGUACGGCGCUGCUGCUUGCAAGUCUUCCGAUGUUUUGAUACCAUUGGAUCAUCAAUCUACCCAUAAUCUUGUUCUUCUUGUGUUUCUUUUGUCUUGUUGCAUGGAUCUUGGGUAGCUUCGAACUUUUGCUAUAUUGGUCACUCAUGGCUUAGUCCAUUUCUAUUCAGCCACCGAGUAGUCAUGAACUAUUUUCUCUCCGAGUGUGGGUUUUCUUCAUUCAUCCAAUGUGGUUGAGAGUAGACAAAACCAUAUGUAGCUGUAUGUAUAUAUUAUUGAGAGGUAAAUAUCAUGAUGGAUUAUAUUUCCCAUUUGAUGAUUAAUAUACAAUAUGCCUUACUGUUA